UUGAAAGUCUUUGACGUGUUCAGUAAGACGGCUGAUCAACGCCGAGGCACAGCCGACCUAAGGUGCUUCUUUGGGCUGUCACAGCCUGGGUGGGGCAAUUUAAGGUGUGUCCGUCCGAUUAGUCACGGCAGCAAUACGGGCUGUCUGUGCUCGCCCAGGGCAUACAUGCAGGUGUAGGUUCAUCUUUCCUGUUUUCUGGUCGUUCUUGUUGUUUUUGAACGGAGAUAGCACAGGCUCCUCAACUGUCACUUUUCCUGACUGAUUCACCUCCACUGUAGCCCGGACUCCUGCCUGGGACGGCAAGGAACUGCCAGAAAUGGCGAAUAUUUUCGUUUUCGCUUUAAGUUUUAUGCUGAGUCUGCUCCGUGUGGAGCCGUGUUUUAUCCCGGACUCUCUGUAUCUGCUGGUGCCGCAGCAAAUUCAGCCAGACUUUGAACUAACUAAAGUGGGAACCGCAAACUGCGACAGUAAAACAUUGCGGCUGACUUUGUCUGAUGAAAGUUUUGAAUUUAACAAUGGAAGAAUAGUAGCCGUGACGGACGUGUAUGUUGGAGCAGGAGGGCGGACAUUUUAUGUGCGGGCAGAGGACGGUAGUGGACCGCAGAGUGAGAUGGAAGUUCACCUUAUCCACAGCACACUGCAGAAGCCAAAGCCUAAAGAGGGGCUCCUGAAGCGCACCAAAAGAAGGUGGAGCCCUCCACCCUUCAACAUCUUGGAGAAUGACCCCGGACCUUAUCCAAAAGAGAUUGAGAGGAUUGUGUCAGAUUCUUCUGCCACACAUGAUGUGUACUACACCUUCAGUGGACCAGGUUUCAAUGAGCACCCGGUUGGUGUCUUCAGCCUGGACAAAGACAGUGGGAUGUUGAAAGUUCAUCAAACAGUCGAUCGUGAGAUGUUCCCAAACUUUACACUGACGACCAAAGUGUUUGACAAGCACACAAUGCAACCCACAGACUCGCCUCUGCCCAUCCAGAUCAUAGUGGAUGAUGUGAACGACAAUGCUCCAGAAUUUAAAAGUGCCCUUCAGUUCAGUGUGCUGGAGCACAGCAAAUCAGGGACAUCUGUGGGCAAGGUGGAAGCUACAGACAGAGACCAAGAAGGAACUACACACGUCAAGAUUAAAUAUUCUCUCCUGACGGGUUCUGAUAAGUUUUCCAUUAACCCAGUAACUGGCGUGAUCACCACAUUAGUCGGCAACCUGGACAGAGAGGUUAAAGACAAGCAGUUGGUGACAGUAGAGAUUAAGGAUAUGAAUGGUGCCCCCAUUGGUCUAUCAAACACCGGGACAGCGACCAUUACAAUAGGGGACAUUAACGACAACCCUCCAACUUUUACCAAAGCAUCUUACAACGCCAAUGUCAAAGAAAAUGAACAGGACAAACUCAUCCUCCACAUCCCAGUGGAGGACAAGGAUUUAAUCAACACUCCAAACUGGAAGUCAAAGUUCAUCAUCACCAAAGGAAAUGAAAAUGGGAUUUUCAGGAUUGAUACUGAUCCAAAAACCAAUGAGGGUCUUCUGUAUGUUGUCAAGCCCUUGAACUUUGAGAAGAACAAAAACGUGAAGCUGGAGGUAAUGGCACGUAACGAAGCUGACCUGAGCAACACCGAUGCCAAAUGGCAGACUGUCCCUGUGGACAUCAGCGUCACUGACAUUGAUGAAGGUCCAGAGUUUAGCGCUCCCACUGUUCGCUUCACAGUCAAAGAAAACACCCCCAACGGUACACUGAUAGGAAGCUACACAGCCACAGAUCCUGAAACCAAGAGCAGUGAUGGCAUCAAGUACUACAAGUCUACAGACCCAGCUGCCUGGAUCAAUGUUGACAAGAAUACAGGAGAGCUGAGGGUGGCAAAUACAAUUGACAAGGAGUCACAUUUUGUCCAGAAUGGGAUUUACAACAUAACAAUGAAAGCUGUCGAUGUCACCUCUAAAACAGGCACAGGAACCGUCAUUAUUCAAGUGGAGGACGUCAACGACAACGUGCCGACGCUACCCACCGGCGAACGGGUGAUCUGUGAGAAGGAUGGAGAGUUGGGCUCUGUGUACGUUGUGGCUGAAGACAAAGACGAGUCGCCAUUUUCUUCACCUUUCAGUUUCAAUUUGCCGAAGGACAAUGAUGGAAAAUGGACGAUGGCAACCUAUAAUGCCACAACAGGCAUCUUGAAGCAGAUCAAAGAGCUCCCGAGGGGGAUCUACCAGGUUCCUGUUGAUGUUACGGAUCUACAGGGUUUUGGUAAAACACAGACAGUGACAGUCAGAAUUUGCCAGUGCAGAAAUGGCAUCUGUUUGGCCAAGGACCGCUCCGUAACAUUAGGAGGACUUGCUGUACUGGCUAUGUUGUUACCUCUGCUUCUGCUCCUACUGCUCUGUUUACUCCUUGCUUUCAUCUGUGUGACAAAGAGGGAAAAGCGAGAAAUUGAGGACACAGGAGACAGUGGUGGAAUUUUGCUCCAAUCAAACACUGAGGGGAAAGGAGAUGAAGUGGAUGCCAGCCUCAUCAUUGUCCCUACCUCUGGAGUAGACAUAGACCUAACAAAGGGUUCAGUCAAGGACCUGAAUACAGGAUAUAUCAAGGGGAGUAUGGGCACCAUGGGAGGCCACAAUAUACACGAAAGCUGGAGAUACAAGUCCAAUGAAAUUGACUCUGGCCAGUUUGAUCAGAAUGGAAAACUUGGCGGUCAUUAUGGCCAUCUUGUUAACAGUGGCGUGAGCGCCGACAGCCGAUAUGUCCAAGACGCUUCUUUUCUCCACAAUUGGCAGACAAACGGACGCUAUCUCCACAAGAAACUGGAUUACUUUGUAUCAGAGGAGGAUGGACGCUACGCUGACGACAUCAUCCACUCCUAUGGGUUUGAAGGGGCCGGCUCGGCGGCUGGCUCCGUCGGUUGCUGCAGUGAAUUCGGCGACAACGAAAAUCUCGACUUCCUCAACGCACUCGGACCAAAAUUCAAAACUCUUGCAGAUGUGUGCAAAAAAACAUGAACAAUGAAGCAUUGAAAUUAAGUUUUACUCUUCACUGUCCAACACAUGGCCAGACCUAGGAUUUAAAAAUUGAAUAUACCCCUGAACACAAAUUGAGAAAAUGAGAUCCUGCAGGUGGCGGUGUUUUGUGCCCACACUGCCCAGAUUUUGCUUGAUAUUUUUAAUGUUUUUCCAGGCUCUUUUUCUUAAUGGUAAAAAGUCUUUUGCACUGAAAACUCUGAUGUACAUAUUCUACGUUGUUUAAUACACUUUAACACCAUGCUUGCGUUUAAAGUGUUUGCGUUCAUGAAGGUUUUAUUGAUACUUGCAGUGGAGGGCUGCUGGGGUUUUCUAUCGGUUAGUAACAAAUUUGGGUAUUUUGGUUUAUACUAAUAUAGUGCUCGGAGUAAACGAUACAGUGUUCUUUACUGGCUGCAUGUUUGCUCUGGCUGCAUGUUUGCUCUCUUGAAUAGUUUUGAUAAUUUCUUUUAUAAGAAAAAUACAUUAGGAUAAUGCACUUCUAAGUAUUAAACCUGAUUAUAAUGAUUUUACACAUCAUUUUAUAACUCAGGUAUUGUUCUGCAUAACUAGUAACAAAAGUAAGGUUGACUGACUUCAACUGCUUUUUCAACACAUCCAGGAAAUAUUUGCGCAAAUACAUUCCAGCACGGCCCACAGCAAGCAACAGGGCGUUGUCUCAGGCUUCACUGUCAGGGUGGUUAUAGCUGAAUUCUGACAGUAAUCCAACAAAAGUCCAUACAUGGGCGUGUAUGGGAGGAAUGGAACAGACAUUGUGACUCAAUCAACUGCUGCAAAGAAAUUCAACCAGUUCAGACAAAUGUCUCCUGAAUGCGAGCAGACAUUCACAUAUGAUGUCAGCUGUUAAAACCUGUAAUGCAUUGUCAUUAAAGAAUGUCUCUGGUGACUUCA